AUUCAGGUUGCUGUGAAGGCUUUGCGUUUUCUGCCUAGCGCAGAUGAUAUCAGGAGAAUCCGUCGAGAGAUUAAAAUAUGGAUGAAGUUAAAACAUCAGAAUAUCGUGCCAUUCAUAGGCGUAACAGCGGGAUUUGGACCCCCUGAGACCUUCUCUCUCGUUUCGCCCUGGAUACCCAAUGGAACACUGACAAAUUUCUUGGAAACCUAUGGUGGAAAGUUACCACUGAUGUCGAAGUUAUGGCUGCUUCAUGAUAUUGCAGCUGGUUUAAAUUAUUUGCACUCAUUCCCUUUGAUCCACGGAGAUCUCACCGGCAGUAAUGUCUUGAUAAACACAGAAGGCAUGGCAUGUCUUGUGGACUUUGGACUUUCUACAGUCAUAGGAGGGCUUGAAGGUGGAUCUUCGAUUGCCCCGUUAUCCCACCGCCCCGGUGCAAUACGGUGGACCGCUCCCGAACUUCUUGAAGAUCCAGAGAUUUCCUAUUCACCCACACCAAAAAGUGAUAUCUAUUCUUUCGGCAGUGUGAUGCUACAGAUCCUCUCUAACAGAUUUCCAUGGUAUACAAAUAGAGGCACCACGGCCGAAUUUCGCAUCAUAGCCAAGCUAAUUGUAGGAGAAACUCCACCUCGGCCGGAUGAUCCACCCAUUUCAGAGAAGCACUGGGCUCUUAUCUCAGAAUGCUGGCGCCCGAUCUCAAGCACGGAAAAUCGUCCAACAGCUGUGCAAUUGAUCGACACUAUCGGUCAAGAGAUCGCCGAUUAUUCAGGUGAAACGAACGAUGCAUCUCGUUUAUUCCGAUCCGGGCAGUUACCCCUGAUUGUGUACAAAGACUCCCGUCCCCCCUCCAAACCGUUACCUGGACCCACAAGAUACAGGCAGCCGCCGAAGCCACCACGCCCGACUGAAGGUGACUCUGUAGAUUCAGUCUUCGCGUUUUCUCCUCCAGGUCGCGAAGACGAGACAGUCGUGCCUCAUGUCCCUGGAGCAUCAUUGCAACAAGAGCACACCAAACUUCAUCACAGAAAUCCUCCGAUUAACACGCUUUUCGUUGGCAAUCUCCCGAGGAGCACAGGGGAUUUUGGUGACUAUCUUGAAACUCGAUUAAGAGCCUUAUUUUCUCCACGCCCGGGAUAUAGAAGUUUGUUAUUCACCCGCAAGAGUGACGGGCGGAUGAUGUGUUUUGUCGACGUAAGAUAUUUUAAUUCCACCCACGGUAUUCUGAUUUAUUGCGAUGGCAGUUUCAGGAUGUACAUUAUGCCACAAUAUCUCUCAACGACCUCACUGGUUCCACUCUCGGCGGGCUCAUAAAAAACGGUGGUAUCCGUCUGUCCUAUAGUAAAACAUCCAUGGGUUCCCGCAGGCCAUAUAGUGCGGGUACGGGCGCACAUGCAACUCCUCCAAGCUUCGGACCCUAAGCAUAAUACUUCUUAUUAAUUAGCAUGUAUUGUAUUCAAUGUAUUUCACCGUGAUGGUACAGCGUAAACCGUAUAUCUUGGUCUUCUUCUUCAAUC